AUGAGAUAUCCAAACUUGCAAGGUAGAAGUCAUAAUAAUGGUAUCCAACAAAGAAUUAUUCGUAUGGUUGAAGGAGAAAAAAAUCCGAUUGCGCCACAUAAAUGCAAGCGAAUUGAUGCAUUUUCUGUUUCAACUUCAGUAGUGAUCAAGGAGCCUCCUCCAUAUGGCAGCAGAAAUGCUUGGAUACCCAGAAAAGUCGAGGAUUUUGGAGAUGGUGGAGCUUUCCCUGAAAUACAUGUUGCGCAGUUUCCACUUGGAAUGGGAAUGGAUUUACAUCGAAGUAGUGGUGCUGGCAAAACCCUUGCAUUGCAGUUCGACACAGAGGGAAAACUGCGGCACGAUGCGAUUGCUCGUAUUGGUCAUUCAAAAGAUAAAAUUAUAUACAGUCGCUUGUCUGAUACAAAAUCCAAGCCUCUAGAUGAAGAGGACGAAUCAUUUCACAAACCUGGUGAUGAAGAAAUUGCUGAGAGGACUGAAGCAACAAGGCUGGCUUUAGAAAAAAUCACUUCAUCGAAGGUUGCAAGUGCUUUGCCUGUCCGACAUGCACAGAAACAAGGACCUGUUCAAUAUAUUCGAUAUACACCUAGUCAGCAAGGUGGGGGCCAUAACAGUGGUGUCCAGCAACGAAUUAUUCGUAUGGUUGAAGAACAAAAAGAUCCGAUGGAGCCACCUAAAUUCAAAAUCAAUCAAAAAAUUCCUCGGGCACCACCAUCUCCACCUGCUCCUGUAAUCCACUCACCUACUCGGAAGACCACAGUAAAGGAACAGAAUGACUGGAAAAUUCCACCUUGCAUUUCAAACUGGAAAAAUCCCAAAGGUUUUACGGUAGCACUAGAUAAACGUCUUGCUGCUGAUGGUCGUGGUCUUCAACAGGUGCAUAUCAAUGAAAAUUUUGCUAAGCUGGCGGAGUCGCUUUAUUUAGCUGAUCGAACUGCUCGUGAAGCAGUUGAAACUCGUGCGCAGAUGGAACGACGUGUUGCACAAAACAAGAAGUUGGAACAGGAGGAAAAAAUGAGACUCAUGGCUCAAAAAGCCAGGCAAGAUCGUCUUUCGGUUAAGAAGAGUCAUAAUGAUGAAAUGAAUCAAGAAGCACGAGAAAGAGAACAAAUUAGGCGUGAUCGGAUCGAUGAACACCGGCGUGAAAGAAAUAUUGCUCGUAAUAAUCCAGACAAACUGGAACGAUUGCGUCGUGGUAAGGACCGUGAUAUAAGUGAAAAGAUUGCUCUUGGACUACCGGAUACACGUGUCAAAAGUACUGAAACUCAAUUUGAUCAGCGUUUGUUUGAUCAGUCUAAGGGCUUAAACAGUGGAGGUAUCGAUGAUGAAACGUACAAUGCUUAUGAUAAGCCUUGGCGUGCUCAAGAUAACAUCCAGCAGCAUAUUUACAGACCAAGCAAAAACUUAGAUAAAGACCUCUAUGGUGAUGACCUUGACCGUAUUAUUAGCACGAAUCGUUUUGUUCCAGAUAAAGGUUUUAUCAGUGCUGAACCUGGCGCAGGGCGAUCUGCUGGACCCGUGCAGUUCGAAAAAGAUGAAGAGGACAUUUUUGGUCUGGGUCAACUUUUGCUGUCAGCUAAAGAAACCAAAAAGAGAGGAGGUGAUGAUGUAGAUGAUGCAUCAUCAAGUAAGCGGAAACGUUGA